AUGACGUUUGACAUGCAGGGCUGGUACAAAAAGAUCAAUCGCAUCUGUCCGCGACACCCAAAUCGCAGAAUACAUAUUCACAACAGUAAGGGCCAACCCCUCACUCCUGAAGGUUCUAUGGACUCUUUGAAAGCCUACUUCACCGAGCUCUUCGAUGAUCCCGAGUAUCGCGUGUAUGCCCUGGACUCGAUGACUACUAUUCCUUUUACCCUGGAUGAACUAUGUGAUGAACUUUGCAAGCUACCUGCUCAUAAGGCCUUGAUUCCCACGGCGGCACCGGCACCCAUCUGGCGGCAACAUGCUCAGACGAUCGCUGCCAUCCUCUAUGCUGAGCUGCAGCAACUGUGGUGCCGAGGUUCAUGUUCUCUUCCGGAUCGCUGGGUAAAUGGCUUUUUGGCCCUGCUCUCAAAGCCGGCCAAACCACCGAAUAAACCUGCGCAUUUGCGACCCAUAUGCUUACAGCACCCUGUCAGCAAGGCUCUCUCCGGGGCGAUCGUCGCCCAAGCGAGGGCACACGUGAGCCGGGUUUUCGCUGACAUGCCAUGUUUUGCGUAUUUGCCUUUUCGCAGUACCGAACAUUGCUUGCAAAGGGUCUUUCAACAUUGUGAUCAUAUCCGCGACCUGGUGAAGACCACUCGAGCAAGCAACCGAACUCGCAAGACCAAGCAUGCGCUGCAGGGGGGCAUUCAAGUGACUCUGGACUUGCAGCAAGCAUUUGAUCAGGUGAAUAGACCCUUUGUGAUUUCCUGUAUUGAUGCCCUUGAUUUCCCCCCUGAUGUAGCACUGGGCCUCAAGACCAGUCUCCUCUCGGGUGAGUAUGAGUUGCAGCACAAAGGGGAGAGAUGCAACAUUGCGGCGCAUCGCGGCAUCAAACAAGGAGCUAAAGAUGCACCUCUCCUGUGGAAUGUUGUCACUCUGGGCACAAUUAAACGUAUCACGGACAAACUGGGCAAAGAUUGGGUCCGCAAUCAUCAAACCAUAUUUGCCGAUGAUACCCACACUGCCUGGACUUGUCACUCCGAAAAGCAGGCCGCGAAGGCGCUCAUAGAACUCGGGCAGCUUCUUGAGAUACUUGAGACCAUGCACUUCAAGGUGAACUAUAGCAAAUCGGCCAUUUUGAUUUCCAUAGCUGGUACCAAAGCGAAUGCUUUUUACAAGAAGUAUGUCCGAAGAUAUAAGGAUGGCCCGAUUGUGAAAUGCGCCUUUUCCGAUGGCACUCAGCGCCAGCUGCCAUUAGUCAAAAAGAUCGGCUAUCUCGGUGCCAUCAUUGAUUAUGUGCGGUUCGAACAUAACACCGUUGAUCGCAGGGUUGCCGCUGCUCAAUGCACCUUUCAGAGACUCAAGCCGAUCUUCGGAGACCGCAAAAACCACACACGACAACACAGGCUUCAGCUUUAUGACGCAUGCGUUUGGUCCACUCUUACUUAUGCUGUACUUGCUGCUGGCGUUGACGCUUAUGCUUUGAAGAAGAUUCACCAGACAGUAGCCAAGCACAUUCGGUACAUAGUUCGAAGCCGGGAUCACGAGCAUCACGAGGCCACUCGAGAUCUCUUUCUGAGACUGCAAAGACCUCUUCCCUGGCAGCAUCUUCAGGCCAUGCUUUUGCAGAGAGCACAACGCACUGCGCAAAUCCGCGCGCAGACCUUGGACACUGAUAUUCUUCAUCAGCUUGGAGUGCGUCCACAUCCAGCCCUUGCCAGUGCCGAACUUGCAGACCAGAUAUCAGGCACUACGGCGACCGAUGAUGCACCUGUGGCGGCUCAGGCACCGCCGACUUUCGAUUGUCCUAAAUGCCACUUUUGCUGCAAAAGCGCAGUCGCCUUGAAGCGUCACUUACGAGACAAGCACAGCGACGAGUGUGUCACCAGCGAUCUUUUUGAUCCUCUUCGUGAUGCAUUUCAGGGCACAUCGAUAUGUUCUCACUGUGGCCUCCAACUACGACAUAAAACCAACUUGAUGCAGCACAUUAACACCAGAUCGACUCCGUUGCGCAGCUUCUACGAGAUGGCGGCGCCAGGAUACGAUGACGGCGAUGUCACACACCUCGCCUAUUCCUGCCUGAUGCUCGACCAGUUCGACGAUCUGAUGCCAUCGGAACCGAACGAUCAGAGCCAUGCGGACCUCAUGCAGCACAUCGGCCCUCUCUUUGCGACUCAGAGCUUCGGACCUGCCUCAACUUCACCAAUUUUGGCAACGCCGACACCUUUUCGCAAUCAACAGCAGCCGCAGGGCUCGAAGCGGCAACGAGGACCGCAUGGACCUCAGAAAGGCAACAUGCUGGCACAUUGGGCCGGCCCCGAUCAAGGUCCCGAUCCCCGCGGACACAUGUACCAUCAGGCGAACAUUCUUCGCAUGCUGGCCAUACAGAUGCAGCGACACGAGGACCAGCUUCGGAGCCUUGCCCUGAGCACGGAAAUGAUGCUGUUCAUGCAGGCUGGACAGGGUACCUACAUGCCGCAGAUGCUGGAGCUCUCCAGCAAAUGGCAUCAGCAAAUGGAGAACAAGACGGCCACGGCCCCUCUUCGGCUUCAGAUGGCGACGGCCUUUUGGCAGGAGCUGGGCAACCGCGCUUUGAAGGUGCAGGAGCAGCUGACGGGCGAGUUCGGACAAGCCCUCAUCGCGAAACAAGUGUUGACGUCCGAGGGGGCGUGGACGUAUCUUGCGUGGGAUCAUGCCUCCAAGAGCCUGAAGCGGACAACGGCGACACCAAUCGCUAUGACCGAGAUGUUGCAGACGCUCAAGACCAUCGGCGAGCUGGUCCAGUUGCCGCACAUGGUUGCACGGUUCCAGGCUCUCAAACCACUCCGAACCGUGGACAUGAAGUCCCAGACGGUGAUCGUUCCAUGGCGGAUGGAGAUCUCGCUUCGCCACGAACAAGCGUUGCGGUUGUGGACCUUACUUCAGACUUUGAACCACAACGGAGUGAUGCAGAUCAUGUUGACUCAGAUGCGGCCGGCCUCCCUGCGUCGGUCCAAGCUCACCGAGCAAAUCUUACGAGCGGUCUUUGGCAACCCCAGACGAUCCUGA